CGCUCGGCCAAAGUCAAACUUUGCGCGCGGCUGCCUGUGUGUGGGUUGUCAGUUGGUUGCGGGCUCGCGCCGCCAUGGUGGAGGGACCGGGCUGCGCGCUGAACGGGGAGCGGCUCCGUGGCCGCGUGAGGACCGGGCAGCGGGUGCGAGCGAUUACUCGGCCAAAUGGGCAGUCUGGUGCCGAUCACAAUGCAAUCCAGAUGCUGGAAGGCAAAGUAUACACAAGUGUGAAGACAUUAGGAAAGGAACUUUUCAUGUAUUUUGGACAAACUGCAUUAAGGAUACAUUUUGGAAUGAAUGGUUCGAUGCAAAUCAAUUCAUCCAAAAGAAAGCGCAGCAGUGGAGCGGCAGGAAGUUUGCAAAUUCAGCUAACCAAUGAUUUGAUAUGUUUCUUUGAAUCCACGUUCAAUAUCAGGAGUACCUCUGACUGUGAGGUGAAAGUAAAACUAAUGGAGGAGCUGGAUGUCUGCUCGGCAAAGUUCAGUCAUCCUCGAGCAGAGGAGGAGGUGAAGCGACAUGCUGCUCACAUGUUGUGUGAUGUGCUGUUGGACCAGUCCGUGCUGCCAGGAGUGGGAAAUAUCAUCAAAAACGAAGCAAUGUUUGACAGUUAUCUCCAUCCGGCUGUAAAGAUUUGCCAAUUAUCCACUGAACAAAUACAUCACCUUAUAAGAAUGACUCGAGACUUCACAAUUUUGUUUUAUAAGUGUCAGAAGAUUGGGUCAGCCUUGUACAAACAUUUCAGAGUUUACAAGCGCUCCACGUGCAGACAGUGCCGUGGUAAAAUCAUUGUCUGCCGCCUUGGUGAGAAUAAUCGAAUGACAUAUUUCUGCUCGCACUGCCAGAAGGAAAAUCCCAGCCAGGUCAACAUCAGGUGA